CGAAAGUUAUUAUUACACAUCUACAUGACUUAAAUCUGUAAUAUUUCACUGCACGUGUGGUAUCCUGAAUAUAUUUAUAUAUCCGGGUAUCUGAUGAUGAAAAUUAAUUAUUUCAUUGAGAGAUAAAGAAAGGGCUAAUUACAAGUCAGUGAUCUUAUCAACAUGGAAGACACAGUUAUUUCGUGUUUAUUGCUGUGCUUUCUUUUCCAUCAAGUGACUUCUCAGACGAACUAUCUGAACUUCUGGAUCCCUGAAGAUAUAACUUAUGGUGAAACCGUUUAUAUAAAUUGCAAACUUAAUGACGCUGGAAAGGCACAGUUUAGUGGUGUGUCCAGUGUGCAACUAUACAGGCAGCGAGAGAAUGAGGAAAUGAAGUUAAUAGUAAGGGCUGUGUAUAACUUUGACUCCACGACAGCUUCAACAGAUGUGGAAUGGUUUGACAGAGAUUUGGAAGAGAGGGGGAGGGUGACGUCUGACCUGGGACCCACCGAUACCGCCAUGUUCAGGUUACGAGUGGACAAUGUGGAUUGUACUGAUCAGGGACUGUAUAAAUGUGUCCUUCGUGACGACGCUCCCACAGGAAUGGAGGCAGUCAAAAUGAGAACAUCCACUGUAUACAGGGACAGUAGCGGCGUUUAUCCGAUUGGUACGACGUACGUAAGUGGUGCACAGAACAUGGACGUCAGUCAGCUAGCAGUGCUGGCCGCCCUGAAGGACCUACAGUAUACAUCACAGACAGUGUACCCUUCAGGCAGUGUGGGUCUUUUCAAAUGUGUGGCUGCCCUGGCUGUCCCCGCCCCAAAACUACGCUGGUGCAUCAAGCGACCCACCUCUUCUAAUUUUCAGGCCUUUGAUUUUGUUUCAGUUCAGCGUAAAUUCCUAGCAAACACCUCAUUAUCUGCACAAGCUUGUCUCUAUUCCAGUUCCAAUAUUCUAGUUUUUCCUAUAAGAGACAGCGAUAAUGGGACAAUUUUGUCGUGUUCUAUUUCCGAGGAGGAAUGUGGGACAGAAGAUCAAACUGGUCCACCAAUCAUUGCAAAUCCGGAUAGAAUCGUGGCAUCACCUGUUAAGUCCGAGUCUCAGUCGGAAAGGGAGAGAGAAAUUGUUAUCUAUAUAGGAGAAGAUAAAACUCAUUUUGGGGUUAAUGCUGAAGAAAAUCGAGAAAAUCGAGCCAACCAGAUAGAGCAGUCAUCGGAUGACAGUACAAUGAUUGUCCUGGGAAUCGCCAUGGCCGUCAUGUUUGUUGGAAUAGUCUUGUUGGCUAUGGCUGUUGUUACAUAUCUUAAGGCCAAAAAGACCGACGAAGUGGGAAAAAUUAAGGCCACAGCAGGCAAUGGAGGCAAUCAAUACACAGAUCUUGAGAUGAGAAAGAGAGGCGAGAGUGUCCAUUCUGAGAUAUAUACGGCCAUAGAGAACCUCCCGCCCGAUUUGCCUACAUCAGGAAAACCAUACGAGGUAGACGAUAUGUACAUGUUACCAGUUAACUGAACAUUUGCAUCGUUCAGGUAACUGUCUUCGAAGCAGAGGCAUGUCUGAUGGAUUGCAACAGCUAUUUGAAUUACAUUAUACAGAUUUGAACCUCAAGCAUCACAAAAACUUUGUUACUUUAAAAAUAUUGAAUAAUAAUGACAUGUGUAGAAAGACAAGCUAUCUUGUACGUCAGGGUUUUUAAAUCUCCAUGUGCGUAUGUUUUCUGUUUGAAAGUUUGAGUUGUGAAUCAUUUGCCAACAUAUAGACUUAUAAUUAAUACUAUUAUUAUUUGUUCCAUGUUAAAGGAC